GUGAUUGAAGAGGAACAGAUGAGACAGCAAAUACAUGCAUCAGCAACUAACAUGUCCAUGAGAGCCAGAGGUCGACAUUCUCCUCAGGAAAAUUAUGUUAGCCAGUCAUUGAUGAACAGCAGUCCACAUCAGGAAGCACUCUCUUCAGCAAGUAGUGACCGAUUCAUUGAGGCAUAUGUGUCUGCAGUUGAUUCAGCAUCACACUUCUGGCUUCAAGUUGUGAGCCCUCGAUCUGUUCAGCUGGAUAAAUUGGUGACCGAAAUGACAGAAUAUUAUGAAAUUGAAGAAAACAGAGAACUGCAUAAGUUAGACAAGAUAAAUAUAGAUAGCAUAGUAGCAGCCAAAUUUCCACAUGAUGACUCUUGGUACAGAGGGCAGAUAUGCAGUUAUGAGCACAAUGAAACAGAUCCCAGUCAAAGUCUUGUAACGGUGUACUAUGUUGACUUUGGAGACUCGGAAACCAUCAGAGUGGACACUGUUUGUGAGUUAAGAACAGAUUUCCUGAAGCUUAACUUUCAAGCUGUUGAGUGUUUUCUGGCAAAUGUUGAACCUGAGAGUGUACAAGGGGAUGAAGCAACUGAUGUGUUUGAAGAGUUGACUUAUGCAGCACAGUGGAAAGUAGUGAUGGUCAAAGUUGUAGGCUAUCAACAAGCAGGAGACAAGACCAUACCUUGUGUCCAGAUUAUUGAUACAAAUGGUCCUACAGACAUAGAUGUGGCUGAAGAGUUAAUGAGGAGGACUACAACUCAGAUUACUAAUGGAGUAACAAGCAUGCCCUCAUCAUCCGAACCCUAAAUAAAGAAAAAGGAGCACCAGGAUUCAAGGCUGCCAAAGAUGGUAUGACUCUCCUACUUGGUGGUAAUGCUUCAGGAGAUCUGAAGCUCAAGCCACUGGCUGUAUAUCAUUCUGAGACACCAAGAGCUAUGAAAGGCUACCCUAAACCUCAUCUUUGUUAUUUGGUGGUCAAAUAAAAAGGUGUGGAUCACUAGGACAGUAUACCAAGGAUGGUUUACUUUGUGUUUCUGCCCAGCCAUCAAAUAAUAACCUCUGGUAAAAUUUGUUUCAUUAUACUACAUCGUUGCAUCUAGUUGGUUUCCAAGAACCUAUCAUUGAUGCUAAGUGAGGACUUAUUGUACGUAUACAGUAAACUCUUGAUAUAAUGGACUUUUUAAAUAAUGGGCAAAAUCUGCUGUCUAAUUUCAAUGUUUAUUGCAAAAAAAACCUGUAUACAGAUCUAAUUUAGGUAUACAGUAGAGUACUUUUUGCUUUAUUUCUGUUUUUUAAACAUUCUGAUUUAAUAAGCACUCAAUCCUCCCAGUUAGUUUGUUACAUCCACGGUUUACUGUAAUUGGUUUAAAUAAUCAUUAUAGAUAAUUAUGA